GGCCCACUCGGCAACAGUGGUUCGAGCCGGUCGGGCAGUGUGCGAUGUGGUGGCCGCGCCGGCAGCGCGCCCCGUACCCGACGCGCUGCUAGAAGAUGCCAAAGGGCGCCGAUGUCACGAGUGAAAAUAUGAAAUGUGCUAGCGGGUGUGAGAAGCCAUCGAAGAAGGAUCGCCUGAGCCCGGCGAUGCUGGCUGCGCGCGUCAACAAGGAUAACUACAUGCUGUGCGGCACGGCUCGCGGUGCCAGUGACAAUGCCAGUAGCAGCGCCGGCGACGCCAGUGACAACUGUGACCUGGUCUCUCCGACAGAGUGCAGCGGCUCGUACCACGGCCCGUGCGCGCGCUGCAGCCCGCUGUACCCGUGUCAGCGGAACGGGGCCGCUGAGUCGCCGGCCACCCGCACCUUCACCGAACAGGUGCCAAUACACAAGUGGACGGCCAACAAUGUGCUUGAAUGGGUGGGGUCAAUCAACAUGAUAUCUACUGCUGAAUGCUUGAAGUCUAUGAACGUUGAUGGUAUGCAACUUCUCAAUCUGGACAAGGAGAAAUUGAUGAGUAUGGGCAUCAAGGACCCGUUCACCCAGACUAUGCUGCUGAUGGCCGUGCGCCGACUACAGGCGGGUGAGGGCGGGGCGGCCGGAGAGAUUCGGCCCGGCCACCCGCCCGCCGGCCACUCGGCGUCCGAGCACCAGCUGCGACAGGACAGCUUCAGCACACUUCGAACCUGCGACGUGUGUGGACUCUACCUGAUCGGAGCGGACCACCAGGGAUACAGCUGCACCGAGUGCGGCCUGGUGGUGCACCGGCGCUGCGGCUCCCAGCCGGCCGGCCUGCCCGCCUGCGAGCCCGGAACCGUCGGCCGGCCGGCGCCGUCCCUGUUCGGCGCCGAGCUCACCGCCACCUUCCAGUCCAGCCGACAGCUGGGGCCGCCCGUGCUGCUCGCCUGUCUCUCGGCGCUGGAGCGACUCUGCGAGCGCGACCGGCACAUCAACUGCUAUGAGAUCUAUGAGGAAACGGCACCGACCUGGGACGACCUGAAGCCGCUGCGGGACGCUCUGGAGCGCGAUCCGGAGGGCGCCGAUCUCGGCGAGUUUGAGCUCUCACACGUGAGCUGUCUGGUGAAAAAGUACCUGGCCCAGCUGCCCAACCCUGUGAUGCCUACAGAAGCUUAUGAGGACAUGUUGACACUUGCCAAAGCCUACAAGGAUAGCGCGGAGGGGUGCGCGCCGGAUGUGGACGCGUUCGUCUCGCGCCUGCAGGACCACCACGCUGCCACUCUGCGGCUGGUGAUGCGCCAUGUGUGCCGUCUGUGUCGGCUACAGCAGGACCGGGGCUGCCGCUUCCCGCCCGCGCAGCUGCUCAAGACGCUCAGCUUUGUCCUCAUCCGGCCUCCGUACGACCAGCUAACGACGUGGGUGGAGCGAUCGUCUCUUCACACACGCGUGUUGGAGCUGCUCGUGAUGAACUACGAGUGGGGUGGGCCGAAUGUGACCGCCUGGGACCCGCCGCCGCCGGCACUGCCUCCGCGACCCAGCCGGGAUGCCGCGCCGCGCAUCAGCCGGGAGUCGUCUCAGCCAACCUACCUGCGCCGCGAGCUCGACCCCAAGCCAGAGUGGUACUGGGGCAACAUCAGUCGCGAGGAGGCCUCCGAGAAGCUCAACGGCCAGCCGGACGGCACGUUCCUGGUGCGGGACUCUCAGACGGCCAGCGGCGAGUACACGCUCUGUCUGCGCAAGGGCGGCAACAACCGGCUCAUCCGCAUCUGCUCCAAAUACGGCAAAUUCGGCUUCUCGGAGCCGUACCAGUUCGACUCGGUGGCGAGUCUGAUCGACCACUACCGGAGAGAGAGCCUGAGGGAAUACAACGCUCAGCUGGACGUGCGGCUCGAGAGGCCCCUCGCGGAGCCGCGACCGCACGCCUCCGAAUCCGCGGCAGAGCUCAUCAAGAGGCUGUGCAAGGCCCACGCGCGGCACGACAAGCUCGAGGGCGAGCUGGAGCGGCUGGAGAAGCUGAAGAACUCUGUCACGGAGCGCAUCACCAUCCAGAAGAAGGCGCUCGAGGCGUAUAUCGAGCUCGUGCAUAUGCUGGAGAAACAACGCGAACUGCACUUGGCUAACCGCAGCAAAGCGCAGCUCCAUGAGAAAGAACAGCUCUCAAAGAACUUCCAGCUACUGGAGAGCAGGUUGGAGCAGGUGCGACACUGCAAGGAGCAGGUGGAGGAGGAGCUGGCCAAGCAGCAUCCGUACGCGCGCACUACCGACCAUGGCCUGAUCAGCGUGCGGCAGGAGGAGCGUAGUCUGCAGCAGUUCAAGAGCGAGGUUUUGAGGGAGCUGCGCUGGCGCGGCAUCACCCAGGACCGGUUGGAGAAGCUGCAGGUCGGCAAGGACACCGACGUCACUGACAGGGGCGCCGGCGGCACGCCCCUCUCCGAACAGGAGGAGUACUGGCUGCUCGAGGACUGGGACCGGCAGCGUGCCGACGCUGUGCUGAGCGACAAGCCGGACGGUACGUUCCUGAUCCGGCGGCGCCGCGACCGGCCAGAGAUGUACGUCCUGUCGAUCCGCGCUCUGGGCCAGGUACAGCACUGUCUAAUCGACCGAACGGAGCGCGGCUUUGGUUUCUCGAAGCCGUACGCCAUUCACGCUAGCCUGCACGCCCUGGUCGACCACUACGCCGAGAAUGAGCUGGGCGAGUUCAACGACAAGCUGCCGACGCGGCUCAAGUACCCGGCGCUGGCCAGACCACCGGCCGACUAUCUCUGCCUGCCCGACUGAGCGGCGGCGGGAGAGCGCGCGAAGGACAGACGGGCAGCAGCGCAUAUCUGUGAUGGUGUGGGCCGCGGCACCGGUCCUCUAGUCAUGCCGAGCGCCCGGGCGAGUACAAACGACGGCCGGAGCCGGCUGCGCCGAGACGCACCUCGGCGAGUCUCCCCGAGAGGCCGGGCUCAUGCCGAGGCACGCCGGAACGGGACGCGAGAGCGCAGUUCACAUACGAGUUUUCGUUAAAGUAUUGUUGGCGGCGUGCGAGGCGGGCUCUGAUAUCGCCGCGGACGGCCGGUGGGUCCGGCGGUCGGCUCACGCCCGACCCGAAUCCUGUGUGUUGCUGGUCGCUGGACGGCGUAGUGCAGUCGGCAGGUUACAGGCUGUUCAUGUACUUGUGAUAUCGGCGAACUGAAAGGCAGCGGGGCGACCCAGGCGACCGGCCGGUGCGGCCACUUCACGCCGACCGGCCGGCCCGCCCGCUCGCUGCUUUUAAUUUAUCAUGAAAGGUUCGCUCGACUGUUUUGUAAGAUCGUUGUGCGCAUAUGUGUGGCCGGCUGCGCGUGGCACACGCUCUUGUCUUAAUUCCAUUAUUUAUGUUGAGUGGGUGUGUCGAGGUGUAAGGACAGUCGUUCACACCAGGCUUUCGAAUGCAUCGUGUAAUCAUGUUGAAGAGACGUUGUUUUGGUCGCGCCCUUUGUACAGCAGUUAAUUGAGAAAGAAUACAGGGAAACUGCUCUA